AUGGGAAUAGGUGGGAAACCGAAAAGGAAGAAGACCACCGCAGCCGAUCUGCCGGAAGAACUCAUCCGCCGGGAAAUACUCACCCGACUCCCGGUCCGAUCUGUUCUUCGUUUCAAAUCGGUAUCCAAAUCAUGGCUAUCUCUAUUCUCCGAACCCCGAUUUAUAAAACAACACUUCACUCACAGCACCACUCAAAUUCCUAAUGACGACUGUCUCGUUGCUAUAAGGAAGACCAAAGUCAUUAUUCUUUGCCGCUACAAAGAAAUAGUUGCCCUCGAUUCUGCGCAUAUUCUUCAUUUGGUUGGUUCUGUCCGUGGCCUAGUUUGUCUUACUGGUCGCAAUAUGUUAUCGUUAUGGAACCCUGCAACUCAUCAAUCCAAGGAAAUUUUGGCACCGGUACGCUAUGCUGAUCGAAAGUAUAACAUAGGAUUCGGUUUUGAUCAUGUAAGUGAGAAUUUCAAGCUUGUCAUUUUGUCCAAGGAUCUGAGGUUUGCUAGGGUUUACUACUCUAAUUCUGAUGAUUGGAUUAAUAUAUCUGUUCCUCAUAAUGUGUUUAAAAAUAUUAGCCGAACCAUCUCAACAAGUUCUGUGACUGAUAGUUUCUUGAAAGAAGAAUAA